UUGUUUGACAAUAGAAUCCAUGUCUAUUGAAAGAUAUCCAAUUGAACCUCUUGAUUCAAGUGUAGUCUACAAAUUAAGAUCCUCCCUUGUCAUUUCGACAUUAACUGAAUGUGUAAAAGAACUUGUUCAAAAUGCUAUUGAUGCUGAAGCAUCUUCGAUUCAUGUUUCUGUGGAUACUGAAAAGUUUAGUAUUCAAGUGAGUGAUAAUGGAAUUGGUAUUGAAAACAUGUCUCAGCUUGGAAGACGACAUGUAUCCUCAAAAUGUCAUUCAUUAAAAGAUCUAAGUCAAUUAAAGACAUUUGGAUUCCGAGGCGAAGCAUUAGCUUCUAUCAUGAACGAAUCUAUUGUAAAGAUAAUAUCAAGAUAUCGCUCGUCAACUGACACUUUUGAAGCAGUUUGGAGGGAGAGUAAAUUGAUGGGUGAGAUUUCUAAACACACAAGGAUGGCUCAAUCAGGGACAAUAGUGAUCGUAAAAGACUUAUUUUAUAAGUACCCUGUACGUAGACGACAAGCUAGUACACCUUAUCAAUAUGUCGUCAUGAUGGAGUCUGUGAAACGUCUCUUGACUAUGUAUGCCCUUUGUUUUCCCUGUAUUCAGUUUACCUUGAUAGAUGGUACACGGGAGACAAGGGUCCUUUCUCUUAAAAAGACCUCUUCAAGCAUAGACACCUUUAGGCAAAUAGCGGGACCAGAAAUAAUAAAAUAUAUUGAGCCCUUAGAGAUGCACGAGGAUAAUAUUAACAUCCGUGGCUUCUUUUCUACGCAUGGUUAUCUAAAUAAGACUUAUCAGUAUCUAUUCAUCAACAACUAUUGUAUACCAACCACGAAUGAUCUUUACAAGGUUAUUUCUAAUCUAUUCCUUUCGUCAUUCAAGAAUGUCCUGACAGAAAGUAACCAUACCACAAAACAAAAAGACCGUCGUAAUAUGGCAAAGCAUCCCAUAUUUUUCAUCAAAUUAGAGUGCGAUAAAUGGAAUUCAUAUGAUAUUAGCAUUCAUUUAGAUAUUUUCGAUGAGUUCUCAGAAUUCCAUUACAUCAAGACCCUUUUACAGCGUUUUACUCGGCAGUUUCUAACCCUAUCCGGUUUAACAACAGAGAAGGAUGAAACUGUCUCAAAAAAAAGAAAGACAGCUCACUCUGUGACAGAAAGUAUAAUAAGCGGUGAUAGUAGCAAGAACCCCUACGUAAGGUAUUCAUCGUCAUCAUCCACAAUGCUUCAGCCGACAAACCCCACCGUAACUUGGGCUGACCCAGAAACAGGAACAGUGUAUUACAUUGACCCUCGAACAGGACACUCUUUCCUAGCUCCUCCCGCUACUCCAAAUUAUCCUUUUUCCCACGCCUCGACCAUUGACAGGUCUAGUCUGAAGAGACAGAACAGCAACCAUGACAACAACAGUCAACGGAGUGGUAGCCACAUCAGCAGCAUGACUCCACUCGAUAACAGCCAGUUUGGCACAUUUCUGAGCAUUCCCAAUCGACUGUCUAGAGAAGAUUUGAAAUCAGCAAAAGUGCUUGGUCAAGUCGAUUGCAAAUUCAUUGCUAUCAAGUUGGAUGAUAAAAGUAUACUAAUGAUGGAUCAACAUGCUGCAGACGAGCGGAUCAAGUUAGAAUCAAUGAUGAAGAGCGACAUUAUUUCUCGAAAGACGGUGGUACUUGAACCCUAUAUCCCAUUUGACUUGAAUUCCGCAGCAGAAUAUGAGAUGAUGACGAAUGACCGCAUUUUGGAGUACUUGAAGAUAUGGGGUAUACAUCUGGUAACGACAACAACAAAACCUAUUGCUAGCUCUAUUAGCGAUGACACAAUCAUUCUGUCAAGUUCGCACUAUUUUAGUAGCACACCUAAUACAAAGGCCUAUUAUAGAGUCUAUGUUACACGCUUACCAGAACUCAUUGUGGACAGAUGUAUUACUAAUCACGCUCUAAUUAAAACUAUCAUAAGAGAUUAUGUCUAUUGGAUUGUGGAGCAACAGUACAACCCAGCUAUUGUCAAGACAAAUUGCCCAAAGGGAAUGGUCGAUAUAUUAAAAUCAAAAGCCUGCAGAAGCGCCAUCAUGUUCAAUGAUCCAUUAAGCUUGGAACAAUGUCAGGAUAUUGUUGACAAUUUAUCAAAAGCAAGCUUUCCUUUUCAAUGUGCUCACGGAAGGCCCUCUGUUAUUCCACUGAGUUUAUCCCUCAAGCCUACGGUAAUACAACGGACAAUACACUGGGAUAAAUUCAAACUGUAAAUAUAUAUAUUGCUUUGUAACAAUACUCUGUGUAUACUAUUGACUUUAUAAUGCUCGAAU